AUGGAGCCCGUGACCAAGUGGAGCCCCAAACAAGUGGUGGACUGGACUCGAGGGCUGGAUGACUGCUUGCAGCAGUAUGUCCACAAGUUCGAGCGGGAGAAGAUCGACGGAGAGCAGCUGCUGCAGAUUUCCCACCAGGAUCUCGAGGAACUGGGUGUCACCCGCAUCGGACACCAGGAGCUCGUGCUAGAGGCCGUGGACCUUCUCUGUGCGCUGAAUUACGGCCUGGAGACUGAUAACAUGAAGAACUUGGUUCUGAAACUUCGAUCCUCUUGCCACAACUUACAGAACUACAUCAACAGCCGGCGGAAGAGCCCUGCCUACGAUGGGAACACCUCGCGCAAGCCGGCCAACGAGUUCCUGACUUCGGUGGUGGAGCUCAUCGGGGCAGCCAAGGCCCUGCUGGCGUGGCUGGACCGGGCUCCGUUCACGGGGAUCACAGAUUUCUCAGUCACAAAGAACAAGAUCAUUCAGCUUUGCUUGGAUCUGACCACUAUAGUCCAGAAGGAUUGCCUUGUGGCUGAAAUGGAAGAUAAAGUUUUAACUGUUGUCAAGGUUUUAAAUGGCAUCUGUGACAAAACAAUCCGCUCUACGGCAGAUUCUGUCAUGAGCCAGUGUGCGUGUCUGGAGGAGGUCCACCUGCCAAACAUUAAACCCGGGGAAGGCCUGGGAAUGUACAUCAAGUCAACAUACGAUGGAUUGCAUGUGAUUACUGGAACCACCGAAAAUUCUCCUGCAGACAGAUCACAGAAGAUCCAUGCUGGGGAUGAAGUCAUCCAAGUGAAUCGGCAAACUGUGGUGGGAUGGCAACUAAAAAAUCUGGUGAAGAAACUGCGUGAGAACCCCACGGGCGUGGUGUUACUGCUGAAGAAGCGGCCGGCGGGCUCCUUCAGCUUCACCCCUGCCCCUCUCAAGAACCUUCGGUGGAAGCCGCCUCUUGUGCAGACUUCUCCUCCACCCACGACCACCCAGUCCCCCGAAAGCACAAUGGACGCCUCGCUGAAGAAGGAGAAGCCAGCCAUCCUAGACCUGUACAUCCCUCCCCCGCCAACGGUGCCCUACUCUCCACGGGAGGAGAAGGGGAGCUCUGGAUUCGGAGGGUCCAGUAAAUCCAAGCAGCCCUUGCCUGGCCCCAAGGGUUCCGAGUCCCCCAAUUCCUUCUUGGACCACGAGAGUCGGAGGCGAAGGUUUACCAUCGCCGAUGCCGAUCGGCUGCCCGGGUAUUCCGUGGAAACCAACGUUCUUCCCACAAAAAUGAGAGAGAAAACACCGUCCUAUGGCAAGCCCCGGCCUCUGUCCAUGCCCGCAGAUGGGAGCUGGAUGGGAAUCGUGGACCCGUUUGCACGACCUCGAGGUCAUGGGAGGAAAGGUGAGGACGCCCUUUGCCGAUACUUCAGCAACGAGCGGAUCCCUCCUAUUGUUGAAGAGAGGUCCCCCUCCCCGUAUCGGUUCUCCAGACCCUCCGCCGAGAGGCACCUGGUCCGAGGCGCAGACUACAUCCGAGGAAGCCGCUGCUACAUCAAUUCCGACCUCCACAGCAGCGCCACGAUCCCGUUCCAGGAGGAAGGGACCAAGAAGAAAGGUGGUGCCGCGGCCUCCAAGGCCCCCUCCACUGAGCCCUCACUACUAGUCAGCUGGUUUACGCGGCUUAAACUCUUGACUCACUGA